CCGUGUUAUGUUUAUAUUUAUUUUGCGUACACGGCAGGCCUACUCGUCUUAUUAAAGAUAAUCUAGAGUUUGUGGUACGAGGAACAAAAAGGAUGAUUUCUUUUAUUACCGUCGAUAAUUAAUGCAAUGUCUUUCCCCAUGGAUGAUGUUUUUCAGAAUUCUUCUAUGGAAGAGCAGUACAAUUAUGAUCUACAAAAACAGGCAUGUCCCGAUCGAGUGCCAGAUCGAUUCGACGACAGCGACGAAGGUUUUGAACAAUUUUCUCCUGAACUUUUUAUAGAUGACAGUGGCGACGACGACGACGACGAAAUUGUCGACGAUGAAAGCAUGUUUAGAUGCGCACCAAAUCAGAACCAGAUGGGUUUAGUUCGAAAUAAGAACAAAUUUAAAACCAGGCUUGUGACGUUUUACCGUAAUGGAGACAAACACUUCAAAGGACUAACGAUUCCGGUUAACUAUAGGAAUUAUUCAACAUGGGAGACACUUCUGAUGUACCUAGGAGAUAAAAUCGCUCUACCUUACGGAGUACGGAAUAUAUUUACAUUAAACGGUGACCCCAUCAACGAUAUUUCCGAAUUGGAAGAUGGUCGCGGAUAUGUCUGUGCCAGUGGACAAUUCAUUUCGCGGAUUCCAUACGGAAGAGUUCAAAAUUCGGAGAAACACUGGAAUAACCGAAAACCAAGUGCAGGGCCGCUACGGAAAGCGGAUAAAGUACUUUUCAAAUGGGAUCAACCUAAACAUCGACAAGAAAGCCCAACUCGAUAUUCAAAAAGUCAAGUAUCCGAACUAUCACAAAAUAAUUGGGCAAAACCAAGAGCUAUCGUUGUAGUCAGCAACACAAAUCGUGACAGCAAGGCAAAGAUCUUACUUAAUCCCCGAACAACACAGAGUUUUGAGCACGUGCUUAAGGAUAUGUCGCAAGCUGUAAUGCUUCUUAAUCCACCUGUAAAGCAACUGUAUACAUGGAAAACAGAAGAGAGGGUUCUUAGCUUUUCUCAGCUCUUCCGGGAUUUUCAGGACCACGAUGUUUUCAUAGCCUGUGGAUUAGAACCACUUCGCAGAGUACAGAUUCAAAGCGAUUCCAGUUUAGAGUCCGACGUAGAUAAAGACAGUAGUUAUAACAACGUGCAAAAUAAAUUCGCACCGCCAACGUCUCACAACCCUACAAAGUACAACGGCAUUUAUCAAAGACGAAAACAAAUAAAGAAAACAAAACGCAGGGAUCGAGGGGACACAUAUGAAGCUUACUAUCGACAUACAAACAACGAGGAAUCUCCACUUGAUUCUUCUUCAGAAGAUGUUCUUCCCCCUAUCAAACCAAAAAAUGCCUUUACCAGAUCAACCGAAGACGUCUCUGCGCUCCCGCCACAUCCCAUGCUUCGAAGAUCCACGUUCAAAGUUUCUCAAAGUCAAGCACAUUUCCCUGCCCUUCCUAAGGAAUUUCAAGUACAGCCUGAUGAGGUUCCUAUGGAAGAACCAGAUACUAAACACCCUCCCCGCGGAAAGAAUGUACCAACUUCACGAAUAGCAAAGUUACUGAACGAGCCGCCUCCAGAACACGUACAAUCUGAUAGUGAUCUUCCAAACGACUUUGGAUACUUCCAAGACAAGCAUUUAAAAAAAUCCUUCAAUAAAUGGAAGAAGGGAGAACAAAAUGCGUUUCACGGACCAGUACGCAUUUCAAUACAUGGUCAAAUGAGAGAGUUUCAACCUACAAUUGACGUCAUGAGAAGUCGUCCUAUUGCGAGUUCAUUGCCAAAUAAAAAGAUGAAGCUUGAUUGGGUGUACGGUUACAGAGGCUUCGAUUCCGGUCGAAAUUUGUUUGUAUUGUCAUCAUUAGAACUUGUGUAUUACGUUGGUGCAGUGGCGGUUCUGUAUGACAGACAAUCACAUGUACAGCGUCACUAUGUGGGCCAUAAUGAAGAUAUUCAAUGCAUGUCCCUCCAUCCAUCUGGUAACUACAUAGCAACUGGUCAGAAACAGGGAAAUCUUCCAGAAUCCGCACCCUCGGAUGUCGUUCUAUCUCAUUCGGCACAUGUACGUGUUUGGGAAGUCAAGUCUUUGUGUACCCAUGCUAUAAUUGGUCUUGAUUGCUUUGAAGUUGGAAUAUCUGCACUUAGUUUUUCAAAUGAGGUAUUUGACUGUUUAAAACAUUGCAAACAGAUAAAGCACUGCCCGUUCUUUGAUUCAAACAUUGUUAUUUUGCAAUAGCAAUCUCAGACCGAUAUGGUUGUAGUUGCCGAAUUCUAUCCGUACGACGAUUCAACGAUUAUUACGGCUGGGAAGCAGCAUCUUUAUUUCUGGACUCUCGAUAACAACCGAAUUGUGAGGGACAGGCGAAGUGGAAUAUUCGAGGGAGAGAAUCCGAAAUACAUCACAUGCCUUGCGUUCUCGCAUACUGGUGACGUCAUCGUUGGCGAUGCGACCGGAAAUAUCACAAUUUGGGAGAAAAGUAAACAAUCUGACGCUUUCUGCAUGUGUCAUAAAAUUCAACAUGCACACGAACGCAGCGUGUAUUCACUUUGCAUGUUAGAAGAUGGUACACUGCUAUCUGGAGGCGGUCUGGACAGACGACUACUAGCUUGGGACUCAAUGCGAGGCUACCUUUCGGUCAAAGUUGAAAGAUUGUUCCCAGAAAGUGCAGGAGGCAUUCGUGCUAUAGCACCAGUAAACAGAGGGGGUGCAGAUGGCGUUGUUGUCUUAGGAACAACAAAAAACAGUAUUAUGAUAGGUUCUUUGCAGACAAAAUUUAAUUACAUACUUCAAGGACAUAGUGAGGAACUGUGGGCACUGGACACUCAUCCAACAGAACCAUUCUUCAUAACGGCUGGAUAUGAUUGCUACGUUAUGCUCUGGUCAGCAGAAAAUCAUAAACUUGUUUGGAAGGUGAACAUUGAGAAACCAUGCUUAUCAUGUUCAUUUGAUCCGACGGGUGCAAUCAUUGCUGUUGGAACAACAGUUGGACGAUUUGUGAUUUUGCAUGCUGCGAAUGGCAUGCAUGUGACGUCUGUCCAAGUUGGAUCUGAUAAGUUGGACGCAAUCAGAUUCUCACCAGACGGUUCAAUGCUCGUCAUGGGGUCACAUGAUCAUAACAUUUACAUAUUUGCAGUCAUGGAUGAUGGUCAAGUGUACCGUAAGGUCAUCGCUUUGCAGUCCAGGGAUCUCCAAGAGAUGAAACAAGAACGCAAUAAACUUAGAAUUCGUGAAAUAAAAUGGGAAACACAUACUUGCAUUCUGGGAUACAAUGUAAUGGGUGUAUGGCCAUCCAGAGAUCGUGGAACUGACAUCAAUACUGUUAGUUGUUCAAACAGCAGUCAACUAUUAGUUGCAGGAGAUAAUUACGGGUUUAUAUCAUUGUUUAGAUACCCUUGUACAUCAUUUAAGGCUGAAUCUUAUGAAGUCAAGCAUCAUAGCUCCCAUGUGACAACAGCCAGAUUUGUAUUUAACGAUCAAUCGGUGAUCUCAUCGGGCGGUGUUGAUGCUGCACUGUUGCAGUGGAAAUUGAUCGAUAAAAAGUGGCUUGAUAGCAGUUGAACAACUUUUAAUGAACUAAUGAUCUGUAUGCAAUUAGAGUGGGUGAUUUUUAUAGAAUUGGUGAAUCAACAUUAAUGCCUAUCCCAUAAGCGUCUUAAUUUUGUUAAUAGGCCUACAUUCAUUUUCUAAUCUUUUUAUAUAAAUAUAUAAUUAUUUAUCCAUUUAUUUACUUAUUUAUUUAUGCACCAAUGACCGGGUAGAUCAGAUGAGUGACGGGAUGUUUGGCCGAAUGCCGAAUCGCGACAGACAUUGCGCCGUCAGACAAUUGGGCAACAGCCAAUUUGCCGAUAGACAAUUCGCCGGCAGCCACUUUGCCGACAACCACUUUUUUCAUGAAUUAGGCCAACGUAUAGAUGCAGAUGCAGAUACACCAUUUGCCUGACAGGAAAUUUAAAAUUUUGCCGUUAGUGCGUUUGUGAAAAUUGUUUCACAUGGAAUCGGCACUGGACUUCGGUUCAUGUUGUGUGGAUGGUUGUUGAAUGUUAAAUGUAUAUAUAAAUUCACCUCUAUUUUUCUGAUACACAUUCGAAACUGUAUCCACAAAAAAAAACCCACAAAAAACAAAAACAAAAACCUAAAUCGCCUACAAUCCAAAUUAAAUACUGAAUUUAAUGAUCCUUUAUCCUUAAAGGCUUAUAUUAUUAAUAUAAUAUAUGUAUUUAAAAUACAAUAAAUAUGCAAUAUUAUUUAUGUUCAAGGAUUAUAUUAUUUUGGUAUGGCAACAAUUUGGUUAUAACCAAUAAAUUAGGUCUUUACUGUAUUAUUGACCUAAAUACUAGACCAAGUUAGGCCUACAUUAUUUUAAAAGGAAUAAAUGUCGUUCUUUGUAAUAAUUGAGCACUAUAACAAUAUACGUUUCCUCAUUAUUAUUUGGUAGAUGAUUUUUAAUUGAGAUUUAUGGAUGGAUGGAUGGAUUUUUUCGGUGUAAACCAACGAUAACCCAUGAAAGUCUGAAGAAGACUUAUUUCCAGUGGGGUCCUUCUGGUGAUGAUUGGGCAGUACACCAGGAGACAAUCCCCUACUCUAUUCCGAAGAGUGUAUUGUGUUGUUUAACGUGCACAUGGGCCAUAAUGCACAAGGGACUAACGGCUUAAACAUCUCAUCAGAAAGACGGUGCACUGUCGUAAACUUGUAUUCAGCCCUCCAGCAGAAAUACAAGUAGAGCAGCAAUGGGAAUUAACCGGGGACCAGAUCUCCACGAUCUUUAAUACUCCUCAUGAUCAAUAAAUCCAGCCACAGGUCUGGAAGCGUACGAGAAUUGACAUGUCGGUCAUUGUGAUUUUCACACUUUUUAGGGGGAGAAACUUUCCGUCCUGUCAAUCAAAUUUCUAUUCUGUCUGCGGACAAGUGUCAGGCAAACUGUAGGCUAUAUUAUGUAAUUUUAAAACUAAAAUGUGUCAGCAAAUUGUCUGUCGACGAAUUUGUUGCCGGCAAAAUGUCCUCUCUGUUGGCCAAAAGAGGUGGCGGCGAAAUGUUUUUAUUUAUUUCUUUAAUUUUUUAUUUUUCUAAAUUUGUUAAGUGUUAUCAUCAAAGUAUAACCUCAAAUUCUUACUCGGUUAUUUUGUGGCAUAAGCUUAAGUGUCUUUGGACCUAUAAGCCUCCUUUCAUUAUUUGAUAAACAUUUAACAAAAUUUUAAAAAUGUAAAUACAACUAGUGUUGAUAAUGGAAAACCGAAAGAACAAACGUGUCAGCGAAAAUGCAUCUGUCCAAAGGACUGUCUGCGAAUUGGCAUUCAGCAAAACGUCCGUCGUAGCAGUAAGACCUAUGCACCUAUAUCGAUUUAUAAAUAAUACAAAUUUUAUAGGACAGUAUGUACAUAUAAAGUUAAUCAAGUUCAUCGUUCCGAAUAAAUUAAAUAUUUGUGUAAUUUUUUAGCUUAUGUGCAAUAUUAUGUAAAUGCUGAAUAAAUGUGGAGUACUGUAUUAUGCAUUGUUACACUUAUUUAAAAAGAGAGUCCGUUUAUGGGAUAUGAUAAUUUGUAAGUUACGUUAUAUACUGUAGGCCUACAACUAAAUAGUGGACAGUGUCCAUUUUUUUUACGUCCGACAUACGCUCAUAAUUGUCUGUUUUUGUAAUUUUUCUGUGUUAGACUGCAUGAUUUAUAUGAUAUAGUCUAACACAGAAAAAUUACAAAAACAGAAAAUUAUGAGCGUAUGUCGGACGAAAUUUUCUGUUAUUGUAAUUUUUCUGUGUUAGACUGUAUCAUGAUUAAUAUGGUUAAUAAAAUAUAUUUGUAUUGGUAUUGAUUUGAUCAUUUGAUUUACAAGUAUUCAAGCAGUAAGUUGAAUGGCCGAAUGGUAAGGCAGGGUGUCGCUAAUUACAACUUUAACAUCAGAGCUGGUUUGAGCCGCUCCUUUGAUUUGAUUUGAUUUAUUCAAUAUCUCAUCAUUACUUUAUAAAAACAAGAAUAUACAAAACAGAAAAAUAGAACACAUCGAAAAACCCAUUGGAGAUAUUGGGAUAACACAAUCAUGGGACUUAUUUCCUUUACCUCUCAUUAGACUAGUUACUGACAGAUAAUAUUAUAUUACCAAUUCUUGAUGGGGUAAAUUAAGAAGGCUAAAAUGCAGCAAAUAAAUAAAACAAAUCGGAGAAAAACGUCAGGGUUCAGUUGGUAGAACAAAGCCUUCUUGGAUAAGGAAUUGAGAAGGAAGUCCAGCAUAGACACUCGGUUUUUGUGCAUUUUAAAGAACCCAUUCAUCUUUCGGAAUAAUUUUAAUUUUUUGCUCUAUUUACUUUUUUAUAUUUUCAGUGUGUGUUACAGUAUUCUGUGCUUUGUUUCUUAUAAUUAAGUAUAGUAUUUUUUCAAUGUAACGGGAAAGCAAAUUUCAUGUAUUGUAUUCAUUACUGUAUGUAUAUGACCAAUAAA